GUUGAGUGCUCUGCGGUCCCGUUAUGUGAGGCAAAACGUGGUGUGGGCUCAAGUUUCCAUUGGCUUUAAGAGUUACCAGUCUUUUUUUGAUGAUUAGAUAAUUUAUACCAUUGAAAGGCAUUAAGGAUCUUUUGAAAUACCCGCAAUUCUUGGGGAAUACAAAAUAAAAAUGCCAAAUUGAAAUCUAAGCACUAAAAAGUCCCCCAAAUGAUCUAUUUUUCACAAGGAAAACAAUAUUUUUAGAAAUCUAGAGAUCAACAAAAAUACACAAAAUAUUAUUAAAAAUGUGAGAAAUCGUAAGAAGGACAGAGGAAAAAAAGCCAGAGCAGAUUUUGCCUUUGCAGCCCGUUGUCUGUGGGGGCGGACCACUACAAGCGCGCACAGCACGACGCGCCUAUCAGUGCCAGCGCGUCGGCACAUAACCUCAUUCUGCAUACCGACUGUUAUUUAGAAGGUCUUCUCCUUUCUAUCCUUCCUUUAAAUAGGUGUAAAAACAGAACAAGUCUGAUUCAUCGUCCGAGAACCGCCAUGGCAGCGCUUUCGGGGGGAGAGAUGUGCAUCAAAUACCUGAUGUUUGCCUUCAAUCUAGUAUUUUGGGUGAGUUUGAGACGAGAAAUUCGCUCUUAUCGCAUCAUGUGUAUACUGUCCGUUAUUCUUGUGUGAGCUUUGAGUGAACGCGCAUCCGUGUACGAGCUGGUUACUAGUCUACCGUGAAUGAAUGUAUUCGGUGUCCCAGAUGCAGAAUCGUGCUGAGUUUCCACAGACAUCCUCGGCUACUUAUCAUAUAGCAUAUUUAAAGGUACCCCCCCUCCCUGAACGAAUUAUUUCUUGCACGGGCUUCCGUAAACACAAAGUGUCCCAGUGCGUGUAGAGACAGACUGGACUGGAACAAUAAUCCCCAGUGGCCAAGUGACCCAGUUACUCCGCGCAGACUACUCACUGGAGUUUGCGCGUACGGCAUUUUAAUAAUUGCAAUGAGGAGGAGGAGGAAAAGAGGAGGAGAAGACGAGGAGGAGGAGGUGUGGGGAGGUGCUUUCAUGUGACUGGGAACGUUAUUGAUACAUUUAUAAUUAAGACUUCUGUGACGCUGCGUGAUGUUAAGAGUUGCGCAUGUCAGGCAGCAGCCUCUCUCUGUGUGUGUGUGUGUGUGUGUGUGUGUGUGUGUGUGUGUGUGUGAAUGAAUGAAUACUGGAUAUCCCAUGUGGGCUUUUCGUGCCCUAUACUUAGCCUGCAGGGCGUGUCUUUAUGUAUCUGUUUGUUAACUCUCACCAUAUGAAAUAGUUUGUUUGGUUUUAUGUUUGCUUUUUUUUAAUGAAUGUGUAUAAUUUGUGCAGCUAUAGUUAGAGCUAAGGUAACCAUACAUUAAAGAGAGGGACAGACUGGGGUUUCCCACUCAUGAAAAACAGAGAGACAGACACACAGAGAGGCAGAGGAAGGGAGUAAAAAAGAUUCACAGAAGCAAAAAGUGAGAUAAUCUUUGUUGAAAUUCAGCAUUGCCAGUGUGACAAACCCACAGGAUGACAGUUGAGUAAUCAGUCUGACAAUCUGACGUCGAAUAGAUUAUUACUGCUUCGUUUUGUGUGGAUUUUUACCAUCCACAUUUGUUGACUGACAAUAACAGGAAACCCAGCUUUAACCACAACUGCUGGCUCUUUGUAAACACAAUCAUAUUUGACAUAGUUGAGAGCAGUCACCUGAGCUGUAGCCCCUAUGUUCAGAAAGCAAAGCAUGUUGCAUGUCAGGUAUGUUACUGAUAGUUUAAUGUUAACAUGCCUCAACAGAACCCGCUGUGCUGCUGUUUUAUCUUGUAAAAGCCUGCACCACCUGCACACGUGCGUUAGUUCAAAACAAACCGUUCAUGUAUGUAGACAAAACAAAAACUGAAGUAACAGGAGGACUUAUCAUGAAUACAAUACAGGCCAGUUUCAUGGGUGACACUACCCCCUUGCCACUCCCUAAACUGUAAGGCAGGUGACUAAAUAACAGGCGUGGUAUUGAAAAUGCUCUCCUCUUCCUCCACCUUCUUGUAACUGACACCAUUGCUUCACUUCCUCGUGGAUAGAAGUUAGCUAUCAAAGACUAGCAACAGGGUGUAGAGUGGACUGAAACAGAAUGGCUGUCGUCGGGGGAAUCAAGUGUGUGAAAUAUCUCAUAUUUAUCUUCAACGCUUUCUUCUGGGUAUGUGCACCUUUUUUUUUUUACUGUGUGGGCGUUUCAAAAAGAGGAAGAGAGUGGGAGAGGAAAACCGUUCGUGGUGUAUAGAUUUGCAUUUUUGUAGUAUGCUAUCUGACAUUUCUUUUACAGGUUAUGUGACAGAAAAAGGUUUUUGACGAAGAAGAUACUUAAAAAGACUAUUGGAAGAGAGUGAAUAGAGACACACUCAGACUCUGAAUAAGACAGAACCUUAAAGUUGCCUUUCAGUUUGGCUUUACAGGUUAAAGAUUCACCAAACUGCUGACAAGGCUUACAAGUCAGUGCCUGCACAUUACACAAUGCAUUUAUUGAGUGAAAUAUAGAUUGAGAGUUAGAGACCAGUAUUGCAUAAUAUACCCAUGCAAAUAAAAUGUCACAAUCACAUUAAAGCUCUGUGACUGAUAACUUCUACUUUGUCUUAGUAUUGAAUGAAUCCAAUGCCACAAUGGUGAGGAAUCAUGUUAACAAAACACUUCUGUUUGCCAAGUAACACUAACUACUGCAGAGGUAUAUUGCCCUGGAUCAAAAGUCUGUGAACUGGUAUGACCAUCAUAUUAUCAGUUUACCUGCGUAGGACUUUAGCCUGGUUGAGACUACAUCCUGGUGCUGGUUAGGGUGCAUGAUGGGACCUGGAGAAGGGGGUCUGUCACAGAGGAUAUGCAAUAUUUUAGCUGGAAGCAAUAAAGAAAAAGAGUUUUUACACCAGACAGAGUUGAAAUUUGAAUAAACAUGGACAGAGCAUAAUGAAAUAGAACCGAUCUUGCCUGGUAAACAUUGUGUUUUACUCACCUGACUGACUGAUUGAAGCACUUUUUACAGAUGAUUAAAUCUUUCAAAAACAUGCUGUUGUGCUUCAGCUUGCAGGUACUGCUGUCUUUGCCAUAGGCCUCUGGCUACGAUUAGACCCACAGACCAAAGGUCUUUUUGAAGGAUCAGAUUCUCCUUAUGUGUUCUAUACAGGUAAGGUGCUCUCUGUCUUAAAUCCACUUGUUGAAUAAUGUUUAAGCAGGUUUUGUACCAUGAGAGCUUUGCAAAACAAAGUGUGCUUUUACAUAUUUGUAACACAAUGUGUGUUUGUGUGUGUGUGUAGGUGUAUAUAUCCUGAUUGGAGCAGGAGCACUCAUGAUGGUGGUGGGUUUCCUUGGAUGUUGUGGAGCCAUCCAGGAGUCCCCCUGUAUGCUGGGAUUGGUUAGUAACAGACCUUUUUUAUUGCCCUACUUUUUUAAAAAUUAAGAUUUACCUCUAAAACAUCAGUUCAGCUAUCUCUGAGUUUGUUGUGUUGACUUCAUUCUGUAGUACUUAGACUUGUUAUCCCACAUUAGCAGAUAUAGGUUAGGGGCUUGAGCUCGGACUCACUAAGAAAUAUAAAAUGUCUGCACCAAACAUUGUUUACUGAACAGCGUCAAGGCCAGUGUCUAGAUUUCACUGUACUAGUCGCCUCCCUCCCUCUCUGGCCCUAAUCUUCUUGAACUAAAUCUCCCUGGAGGAGGAGCCUAUGUAAAUUUGGUUCAGCUACACUCAAACGACCUUCCUUGUCUACACAUGCACACAAAAACAUGCACACACAUUCACACAGUUAUCUGAGUUUAAUUUUCUCUUCCUCUGUGUGUAGUUCUUUUUCUUCCUGCUUAUCAUUUUUGCCGUUGAGGUGGCAGCAGGGAUCUGGGGCUUUUCCAACCAAAGCAAGGUGAGAUUCAAGUUUCAAGACUGCUGUACUUGCAAUUGUACUCGUAUAAUAACUUGAAAUAUGUUUUCAGCACUUUGCAUGACAGACGAACUUGUAAAUAAGUGAAACAAGUUUAAAACAAAGACUGCAUGUUGCAGUGAGGGGGGCAUAGUGACAAAAGUUCACUUUUCUGCUGCAGGUGGUGAAUGAUAUCACAACGUUUUACCAGCAAACCUUCAAUAACUAUAAGACAACAGGAGAUGAGCGCCUCAAAGAGACACUGCUGGUGAUUCAAACUGGGGUGAGAUAUUUUUGCUUCAUUCAAAUACAAGCUAAUUUGGGUGCUGUGAAAAAGAAAUCUAACACUUACAGUGUUUUCAAGCAAAUGCAAUUGGAGAAUUUUUUCAGGUCUAGCUAGCAUCACUUUUUAAAAGUGCUUUUCACCUUGUUUGCAGUGGCUCUGAGCCAGGUUCAGCCUGUUACCACAAAAUAUUUAUAGACAGAGAGCUAACUGACUUUUCUGCAAGUUCAUAAAAUAUGUAAUGUGUAUGAUACCAUGCCCGUGAGUUGUAAUCUUAAAGGCAACUAGCAGAGCAUUACUUAUGAACUAAAACUAGGUGGUAAUAAAAAACAAAUAAAUAACAUAUAAAUAAAAAUGAAUUCACCAUUCACAUUUUAUUUAGUUAUAUUUAGCAAAUAUAUCUACAAGUUAGCAUUUUGUAUGUGCAGUCAGUGUUUCUGUAAAGCAUCUUCAUUAGCUGCAGAUUUAAGAAACGACACAGAUUUUUGAGCUUUUUCUUUGGAAAACUGUGAGAUUUUUUUCACUCCCUGCAAGUCAUCUUGACCUCUAACAGUGCGAUAUUUUUGUGUGUUUACAGCUGAAUUGUUGUGGACCAACUGGUACUCUAGUUGACGGUGCCAAAGAAACCUGUCCCCCUGGAGAGGGGCUUGAGUCCUUCAUUACCAAGGUACAAGUACCCUGAAUUGAUGCAUAAAUCAGAUGCCAACAGUGAAAAGAGAGCAAAUGCUAGGGACAAUCCAGAAUCAUCAAAAAAGCAAAGACAAAAACUGCAGCUGUGAGAACCGGUGCAAGUACUGUAUAUCAAACACUAAAUGACAGUGUGGCAUGUGUGAAAGGUUCAUUAGUCUGUCCUCUUUGGACUUACUCCCUCUGCCACUUUGCAGUUACUAUGGCAACAAUGGUUUACAGGAGCCUGCUCUCAGCCUGUCUGUAAUGUCUGCCAUACCACAAGUCCUGUUCAGUCUGAGUGUAGAUUAUCUGAAAGGAAACAUGCUUCUGUGUUGCAGAGCUGUCCUCGCGCCAUCGAAGAGGUGUUUGAUUCCAAACUACACAUCAUAGGAGCAGUCGGCAUCUCCAUUGGUGUUGUUAUGGUAUGUAAAGGAUUCGUUUAAACAAAGAGUUACUGUGAUGUAAUGUUCAUAACGUAGUGCUGACAAAGUAGACAAUCACAAACAUCAGUAACAAAAGCCUUUCAAUGUUUCAGGUGUUUGGGAUGAUCUUUAGCAUGCUCCUGUGCUGCGCCAUCAGGAAGUCUCGAGAGGUGGUGUGACACCUGCUAUGACACCUUUAAUCCUUGUUAAUGUUGCAUGAUGUCAUUCCUAGAGUCAUGUGGCUCUCCACUGCCAAUAAAUACACUUCUUGGUCAAGGGGGAAAAUAUAGGCUCAGCUGGGUGCGGAAAUUUCUAAAAAUUACAGUAUCUAUUAAAUUUAGUUGUGCUGCUGACACUUAAGUCCACUUUCCUGUACUAUGUAGAUUCAAUGUGGUUAUUUGGCCCAACUAUAGAAUGGGUGUCAUCAGUGCUUCAGUGACUAUGUAGUACAAUGAUGUGUAAUUUUGUGGUCAUUUAAUUGAAUUAAGUGUUUGUGAACUGCUAAAUAUCUGAGCAAAAGACCAUGUUAAUGUUUACUGGUCACACUCUGCACCUAUGGCAAGAAAAAGUAACAGGCUCGGGCCAUGAAAAAAUAAAUCACUCUCACUUCAGCACAAUACAGCAGUAGCCAGUGACACUCAAUACUUUCUUCUCAAGACACAGAAGUCAAACAAUGGUGACUAGUAGCUAACUGAAUGCUGAGCUGUAAGCUGUGUUUUUUCCAGCUUGGUAUUAGAGUAGCAUUUCAGUUUCUUCAUUUUGAUAUUUCAUUUGUUCCUUUCAUUUCAUUCUCCUGAUUAUGCCCUUUACAAAAUCGCCUUUAAUUUUUUUAAAUGUGUUUUUUAUAUGUAAAAAAAAAACGUAUGCACUUCUCUGGUUCCUUGCUGCAUUGGUUAAAUGUGUGUUUUUUUAAUAGCAUUAUCAUUUUAGAGAUACUGGAGUUAUUUAUACCAUAUGCACUAUGUUUUACAGAGAUAAAGAAUAAAAAGAGCCAAAUUAAGUUAACCAACUGAGUGGGCUUUGACAGUGUUACAUAUUAGCAGUCACACACAUACAGAGGGCAGAUAAACUAUAUAUAUUUUUUAGGUCUAUGGGAACAUUUUUUACUGUAUAAACAACUCACGAUCAGGCUAACCGUGUGCAUGUUAAACUCUAAAACGAAAGGAUAUGGGGGGCACGCUAGGGUUAGAUGGGCGUAGAUGCCUUUAUCAGACUGGAAAAAACCUUCAAGUUCUUAAUUGCACUGUGGAAAAAAUGAAAUUCCCAACCCUCCCUCUUUGAUAUUAGCGACCUUAAAGUGUGACUCAGAGCUUGACCCAACACGUAAACAAAGUCCAAGGCUGUCUUUGUUCCUGAGUUAGAUUAUCACGGCGACUUCAAAACCUAUCUUCAGAACAAAGCAG